AUGUACGGAAGGAGCAAGGCUUUCUCUGGCCGUGUGGUGACAGUCAAGACUGUCGAGGACAACAUCCUGAUCCACGAGUUCCUCGAGCAGAAAGGCCAUGGUAAGGUCCUCGUGAUCGACGGCUGCGGGAGCUUGCGGAGGGCCGUCGUCGGCGGCAACCUCUCGAAGAAGGCGCAGAACAAUGGGUGGGUCGGCAUUGUUGUCUACGGCUGCGUCAGGGACGUCGACGAUAUCAACCUCUGCGACAUUGGCGUCCGAGCUCUCAACUGCUGCCCUGUGAGGCCAGCCAAGAAGGGCGUCGGCGAGAAGCACGUCCCCGUGAGCAUUGCAGGAACCAUGGUCUACGACGGCGAUUGGCUCUACGCCGACAGCGAUGGCAUUCUUGUGGCAAGUUCGGAAAUGGCCGUGUAG